CAAGUGCAGAGACUUUCAUUGUUGAGGAGGUGAAAACAAGAGGGAGAGAAAAGCAAAAUGGUUCGAUUCAGUUGGAUUAAUACGUCUUUAUUUGUGAUACUGGUGCUUCAGUUUACAGCUGUAACUGGACAGAACUCUCCCUCCUUCACUGUCAAAGUUGGAGAUGAAGUCACUUUGCCUUGUGAAAAUGUGAUAAAUAAUCAGGACAAGUGUGACAGUACUUCCUGGGUUGUCAGUCGUUAUAUUGAGACAACAGAGCUGGUUACACAUGGGAAGAUUAGUAAAAAUGAGAUUUCCAAAGUUAAAUCAGACAGAAUGAGUGUUACAGAGAACUGUUCUCUGGUUAUAAAGAACGUCACAGACGAGGAUGUUGGUCGUUACACCUGCAGACAGUUCAACAAAUCAGGACAACAACAAGGUCCAGACUCUCAGGUUCAUCUGUCUGUUAUUAUCAUGAAACACUUUCAGAACAAUGAUCAGGUCAGCUUGUACUGCAAUGUGUUUACAUUUGGCGAGUGUGGACACACAGUCGAGUGGUUGUAUCAGGGCGAUGAGAACGACACGGCGACAUCACAGGGUUCCUGUUCAGAUAUUGUGGUAUUUACUCCUCGUCUUAAUCAGAAUUCAAACUAUUCUGAGUUACUGAAGUGUAACGUGACAGAUAACAAGAGUGGACAGAUGCUGCUGUGUAGCGUUGGCCCCCAGUCCUCAUGUCAGAAAACAGUUCGUACGACAAAAUCAAAAGGUAUCACAACAGAGGGGAGAAACGAAACUCUACUCACAAAGGUUGAAACUACAUUGAAACAAGUUCCAGGUUGGUGGCGGUACAUCAUUGUGUCUGUAGUUUUAGCAGCACUCUCAAUAAGUGUUGUGGCGGUCAAAAUAUGGACGAAAACUAAAAGGGAACAAAACACAGAUGGAUGAAAAUGUUGCGGCUCCUGAAGAUGGUGUUUCAAAGCUACACCAAGGUGCCCAACCGUAAGGCCCAGGUAAGCUGUCGGAUUGGUUAUCCAAAGAAAGAAGUCGGAGCCAGCAAAUUUAAUGACAAUUCAUAAUUGUUAAGACAUUUCACUUAAAACCACAAAUGUGGUGCUCAAGGAAAAAUCAAGAAAUCACCAAAAUCAUCAAGGUUCGUUCUUUGUGAGCGAUGAAUGUCUGUGCCAAAUAUUGUGCCAAUUCAUAAAGUAGACGUUGACAUAUUUCACAAAAUAAUUCAAAACUUUGAACUGCUUCUGGCUCUAAAGGAGAAGUCAGAAAAGUCAGAAGUUAUUAAGAUUCAUCCUCCUGGACUCAAAUGUCUGAAUAAAAUGUCACUAUAAUUGAUCCAACAGUUGUUGAGUAUUUCAGUACUUCAUUUCUAAAGUACUGGACGGCCCGAUCAACUGGCAGACAGCUUGUGAGGACUUUGUAAUAAGUUGUCUUGCAUUGCUGUCUGUGGCAGUGUGUUACAGUGUGAUGUGUUCUGAGACAAGGAUUUAGUUACUUGUGUUGUGCUUAUACAGUUUUACACUGUACUGUGGCGUAUCACAAUGAGUUUAUGUAUGUUUUGAUGUAUUUCAUUUAAUAAUUCCCUGAGUUUAUGUGCAGUUUAAUGUCAGGAUGAUGCUUUGCACUGUUGUCUGUCAUUGAGUUGGAUUACAACAUGCUGAAUGUCGUUGUGCCAUGUUAUGUUGCUUAAUUUAUGUUUCGUGCCGUUUCUCUUUUAUUUCAAACGUUAUUGGUAAAGAUUAUGAUGACACAGUGACUUACAGCUCUUUGAAAUUUUCUUCGUCAGCUGGAGCAUUUUCACCACCGUUAACAGACUAAACAAAUAAGAGGCUGCAGUGUAGUUACAGCUCAUGUCACUGCAGUUACUAAUAGUUAGACGAGAGCUUUUAUGAGAAUUCACUCACUGAGUGACUGAUAUGUAUAGAUAUAUUUAGAAAAUUGAUCACAAUCUAAAUCUGGGAGAGCAUUAAUAUCAUUUAAAUUUUUGUUCAUAACCCUAAUUCUCACGUCACAUUAAUGACUUUGUUAUUGACACAGGAAGGAAAAGAGAAAAACCUGAAGCUUGAAUCAAGUUGUUAUUUCUAGCAUAUUGUAGUUUUACCUUUCAGAUGAAUAUGUGACCAUGUUUUUGUGUUACAGAUAUUUUAUACACUUUUUUUCAUGAUCAAUUGCUUAAUUGCUUUAAAGAAUUUUGUUUUCACAACAAAAUAUUUCAGCCAUCAAAACUCAUGUAUUUUAUGAUUAAAUAAAUAGUGAAUACUGGAUUUACAGGUGACACAAACAAGCCUCUGAAAGAACAAUCAA